CUUGCCCAGAAGUACGACCCUCAGAAGGAAUCUGAGCUGCGAGUAUGGAUCGAAGGCAUCACCGGCAGGGGGAUCGGGCCCGACUUCCAGAAGGGCCUGAAGGACGGCGUCAUCCUUUGCGAGCAGUCAGGUCGGCUGCAGCCAGGUUCUGUGAAGAAAAUUAACCAUUCAGCUCUCAACUGGCAUCAGCUAGAGAACCUCUCCAAUUUCAUCAAGGCCAUGAUCACCUAUGGCUUGAAGCCGGUUGACCUGUUUGAAGCCAACGAUCUCUACGAGAGCGGGAACAUGACGCAAGUCCAGGUUUCACUGCUGGCUCUGGCGGGGAUGGCCAAGACGAAGGGGAUUGACAGUGGCCUGGACAUUGGGGUGAAAUAUUCAGAGAAACAGCAGAGGAGCUUUGAUGAUGCUAAGCUGAAAGCUGGCCAGUGUGUCAUCGGUCUACAGAUGGGCACUAAUAAAUGUGCCAGUCAGUCGGGAAUGACGGCCUAUGGCACGAGGCGGCACCUGUACGACCCCAAGAACCAGAUCCUACCACCCAUGGACCACUCCACCAUCAGUCUGCAGAUGGGCACUAACAAAUGUGCCAGUCAGGUGGGCAUGACGGCUCCAGGCACCCGGCGGCACAUCUACGACGCCAAGACGGGCACAGACAAAUGCGACGACGGCUCUAUGUCUCUCCAGAUGGGCUACACCCAGGGGGCCAACCAAAGCGGGCAGGCUUUUGGCAUGAGCCGCCAGAUCUAUGACCCCAAGUAUUGCCCUCUGGGCAGCCCCGGCGACGUAGCCAACAACCAGGAUAGGAACUCACCGGAAUAUUACUGUUAUCAGGAACAGGAAGAUUAGAGAGGCUGCAAAGUCUUUCUUUUUUUUGGUCUCCCUGUAACCUCCUUCCUGUACAGUUUCUGCCUUUGUUGCCAGCAGCCCUGCAGUAUCUCAUGUAUUUUAUAACCUGUUUUUUUAAUGAAAAAGGAUCCUUUUUCUUUUUUAAAAAAAAGCAGAGGUGAAAUAAUAAAGCCAUGAUUUUAUCUUUUGUUUCUUUCCCCCCCAGUGUUGGGUUGGUCCGUAAGACCCCGUGGGUCACCUAAAAGUCCAGCGUGGGUGUCUCCUCCUGUGCUGCAAAAAAAAAAAUCAGAUCAGAUUCUGCUGGUGCAUUUUUGGAGAAGACACAGCUCUUUAAAAACCUGUCUUCACAAAACCAAAACCACUUUAAUUCUGCAAACUGCGCAGGUUUUCUAAAUUAGAUACGUACGUUUUUUGGGAUAGAUUCAGAGUGGCUUUUCUCUACACUGGAAGCGACGUGGAGCUAUGCUGAGCGCUGAAGUGUUCUUGCCCCCACCCCAAAAGUUCAUCUCUCUGCUCCUUAGACCACUGGAAACCUUAAGGCCCCUAGAUGCUAGUAUCUGGAAGACAGUUAUCUGGGCUUCUGAGCCUUUAAUAGAUCCCUGAAAUCUCGACUGCUUUUUGAAACUUUGGCUUCUUAGGUAGUAUGAGUUUCCAAGCAUCCUUUUCGUUCCCUGAGGACUAGAAAUUUGUGUUCUUUUGUUUUUAAAAGACAAUUGAGUUGUUUAGGAAGCAGGAUUCUGGACCAGGUACGUCUUUCUGUCCUCUCUGCAUGCCCUUGGAAUCCUGGUAUGCAUUCAUCCAGGGAAGUAGCGUCCUUUUAUUCUGCUAAUUCCAUGCUCUCCUGUCAGGUUUUUUAAAGCGCUGAUUGCCAGCUCUUAGCACAGCAAAUUAGCAGUUAUAAGUAAGCGUCUGUAGGGAUGGAUGGGUAAUACCUGGUUUCUUUGUCCUGAAAUAUCCCCUAAGCAGUGAGCACAGGAACUCCCAAAAUCCCAGUCCCUGGAAUCUAGAGUGGUUUUCUUGUGAAAACUCUGCAAUAACCUCUAAUUGUUUCCUGGAAGACCAGCUAUUUGUAGCUUAUUCUUCGCUCUAGGAUUCGACAUCGGGCGAUUCUGCAUCUAGCAUUUGCUCCACGUUUUUUCAACUUGGAGGGGAAAAUGCAGCUCAAAACCACAUUCAGGUACCCCAGGG